AUGUUGGUCGAGAAGAUGCCGAUGGCCGCCGGCUACGAGGGCUUUCCUCUCGUCCCAGUGUUCCAGGCGGACAAGGAACAGGCGGAUGCGGUGCUGGCGGAGGAGGCGUCGUUGAUCGUCAAGGCGGGGUGCGGCUCCAAGAGGAAGGCGGAGGAGGACGGCGGCGAGGUCACCGUCAAGGCCAAGGCGAAGGCCGCGGAGGAGGAGGCGGCAGCUUUCGCCACCGUCAAGGCCAAGUCGGAGGAGGUCGACAAGGUGGCGUCGGAGGACUCGGACGAAGACGAUGAGUGGGACGAUGACGAGUUCAUGGCCAGGAUCACGGCAGACCACGCCGCCCAUGUCGAGAAGAUGAAGGCUCUGUAUCCCACCAUCAAGUACGGGGACUACGACCCUAAGGUCUACUGCCACCGCCCCGACCCGGAGUCGGAUGCUUGGAAUCUCCAGAAGAAAUGCCUAGGUCUUGCUGAGAUUGCUGCCGUAUUAUUGUAG